AUGCCUCUGCUCAAGCCCAAGGCGGCCCCCCAGGCCGUGAGGGUCGAGCGAGUGGUGGUGAAAAAGAACAUACCGGCCAAGUCCUCGGCCGCCGCCACCCCGCGAUCCUCGUCGAGCCUCGCCCCAAACGGCAGCCGUGUCGUCUCCUCGAAAUACCCAUCCUCGUCCCCGCGGGUGUCGCCCGACCCUCGGAGCCUGGCCCGCACCAAGAGCGCGUCGCCGUAUCCUUCCUCCUCUGACGAGCGCCUGCGCGCCGCCGAGCGCAAGCGCAAGGUUGCUGUCCAGCGCAAGGACUCGACGCCAAUGUGGGGCUCCGACGACAGUGGCGAUGACGAUGACCAGCUCGAGCACGCCCUGACUGGCAAGAGGCGCAAGGUGGUUACCGAGUGGAAGGAUCCGAAUCGUCGCGUGCGCCACAAGAAGGCAUUUGCCGAAGAGCCCAGGGAGCCUAGAAUUAUUCACGCCGCCGACCUUGCCUCGAUAUCGACAGGAUGCCCGCCUGCAUUUUUCGGUGCACCAGAGGAGGAGGUUGCUGUCAAAGUGCAGUAUCCUUCCCGAACGCUACCUGAAAGGUAUGAGCUCGUAUUUCGCAAGGAAAAGAUCAAUGCUGUGGAGGAUAUAAAGCGCCUUGUUAAGCACGUCGCCGAAACCUAUCUCACCCUCGAGCAAGCAAAACCUUUCAUCGACAACCAGUCAAGCUUUUACAGGCUCAUGGAAAGAGCUUCGAAUAAUGCCAGUCAUUCCAGCAAGAGGAAUGGUGAAACACCCAACGGCUCCAAUACCCAGUCAAAAGAGUUUCAAGAUUUCAAAGCAGCACUCGACGGUUACAACAAGCAAAUAUCGGCAUUGGUAAAAGAUGGUUCUGUAGAAAUGAACCUCGAUGCCAUACACGAUGUCCCUGACGACCUAGUCGACUUUAUCCUUGCCCAGGUCUACGAGCGCACUGUCUCACCAAAUGUUGAGUCCCUCAACAAAUACCAGCCUGGAGGCGACAAUGUGUACGGCGAGCUCAUGGCUCCCUUUGUCCGGACCAUCCUUUCAACACACUCAAACAUGACCUCGGACAAGGUUUUUAUGGAUCUGGGCUCGGGAGUCGGCAAUGUCGUCCUGCAGGCUGCGCUCGAAAUUGGAUGUUCAAGUUAUGGCUGUGAAAUGGUGGAGAACUCGUGCAACUUUGCUGAAGCACAGGAGAAGGAGUUCAGAUCCCGAUGUCUACUAUGGGGUAUCAGGCCGGGCCUUGUGACUCUGGAGAGGGGCGACUUUCGGACGAAUAAGAAGAUCCUCGAGACCCUAAAGAGAGCCGACUGCAUAUUAGUCAACAACAAGGCCUUUACGCCAGCCCUGAACGAUGCUUUGGUACGCAUGUUCAUGGACCUCAAGCCUGGUUGCAAGGUCAUCUCGCUCGUCUCUUUUGUCAUGGGCAACGAGAAGAACGGAGUCAACGAUAUCGCCAACAGUAUCUUUGAAGUUGAGGAGCACCAGUACUAUGAGGACUGGGUCAGCUGGUCCAAAGCUGGAGGUCGUUACUUUGUCUCGACCAGAAAGUCCUAG